CUUGGGAUCAGUCACAUGCUGCGUGAAUAUUCACUCGUGGCAGACACACACCAGUGCGUGCUGGUGCGUCAAGUGCGUGUGUCCAAAGGGAACCUGCGCCCUGCUGACACUCCACAGCAUUCCAUUAUGCCACAGAAGAGCAAAAAAGACAAGGACUCCACUAAGUCUGGAAAAACAAAAAAAUCUGCAAGUAAAAAUGGGGCUGCAGGUGACCAAGAUGCCUCCAAUAAGAAAGUACCUCCCGCCACUCAGCUGAUGAGGAUAAAGCAGCCGGGGUCACACUCGGCUGUGAGGAGGGAGAAGAGGUUCAGCUCUUCGUGCUUCGCCCUCAGCGCCAACAGAGAGCUGCACAAGCUGGCUAAGCUCGCAGAUGUGGCCCCUGCGGAGCAGGAGAAGCUCUUUAUCCAGAAGCUGCGGCAGUGCUGCGUCCUCUUCGACUUCCUGUCCGACCCGCUGAGCGACCUGAAAUGGAAAGAGGUGAAGCGGGCGGCGCUGAGCGAGAUGGUGGAAUACAUCACCCACAACAGGAAUGUCAUCACAGAGCCCAUCUACCCGGAGGUGGUUCACAUGUUUGCUGUGAACAUGUUUAGAACACUGCCUCCUUCUUCUAACCCCACGGGAGCUGAAUUCGAUCCCGAGGAGGAUGAGCCGACACUUGAAGCGGCGUGGCCACACCUCCAGCUCGUCUAUGAAUUUUUCCUUAGGUUUUUAGAAUCGCCCGACUUUCAGCCCAACAUAGCGAAGAAAUACAUCGACCAGAAAUUUGUUAUGCAGCUUCUAGAACUAUUUGACAGCGAAGAUCCCAGAGAGCGAGACUUCCUCAAAACGACUCUUCAUAGGAUCUACGGGAAGUUCCUCGGCCUGAGAGCGUACAUCAGAAAACAGAUCAAUAACAUUUUUUAUAGGUUUAUCUAUGAGACGGAGCAUCACAAUGGUAUUGCUGAACUACUGGAAAUACUUGGAAGUAUUAUCAAUGGGUUUGCCUUACCUCUGAAAGAAGAGCACAAGAUUUUCCUGUUGAAGGUUUUAUUACCUCUACACAAAGUGAAAUCACUCAGUGUCUAUCAUCCACAGUUGGCCUACUGUGUGGUGCAGUUUUUAGAAAAGGACAGCACUCUAACUGAGCCGGUGGUCAUGGCUCUCCUCAAGUACUGGCCAAAGACUCACAGUCCCAAGGAGGUGAUGUUCCUCAACGAGCUAGAGGAGAUACUGGAUGUCAUCGAGCCGUCCGAGUUUGUUAAGGUGCAGGAGCCUCUGUUCCGGCAGCUGGCUAAAUGCGUGUCCAGCCCACAUUUCCAGGUGGCAGAACGAGCACUGUACUACUGGAAUAAUGAGUACAUCAUGAGUCUGAUCAGCGACAAUGCGGCCAAGAUUCUCCCAAUCAUGUUCCCCGCUUUGUACCGCAACUCAAAGACCCACUGGAACAAGACCAUCCACGGCCUCAUCUACAACGCUCUGAAGCUGUUCAUGGAGAUGAAUCAGAAGCUCUUUGACGACUGCACACAGCAGUUCCGGGCUGAGAAAAACAAGGAGAAGGCCAAGUCGAAGGAGCGCGAAGAAGCUUGGAGCAAGAUCGAGAACCUCGCCAAGUCCAAUCCACAGUUCUCUGUGCUUGAGCCGUCUGACUUCAAUAGUCCAGUAGCAAUGGAGACGGAUGUUCCUUUUAUAGAAGAUGUUCAGAGGUUAAAAAAGACAGUUGAGGAAGGCGCAACUCAGCUGCAGCACGGCCAGUGGAAGGAUCGGCCCAUGGUGCGGCGCAAAUCUGAGUUGCCUCAGGACAUCUACACCACAAAAGCCUUGGAGACCCACCGCAGAGCUGAAGACAUGUUGACCACCCGCGACGGACUCUAGAUCCAGCCACAUGACUGUCCCUCCACGGCCAUGGACACCCCGACACCCAAGCCCUCCAUUCUAUUUUUUUUUUCUUUUUUUUUUUUUUUUUUAAUAAACCUGUGUCCUUAGUUCUCAUCCAUUCCGGCUGCCCAUUUGAGUGCAGCACACUGGGCCUGUGACCAGUGCAGAAGUCCUGUAUUCACGUUCCUCAGAUUUCUGCUUUCUCAGGUUCUUUUGGUAUUGUUUGGAGAAGGACGUCCUUGCGUGUCUUUUAGCCCUAGCCGUUGUCUCCGUAUCAUCUGCCCCCCCCCCCCCCCCCCCCCCCACCCCCUCCUCUGUUGUCCACUCACUCUUAAGUGUGGAACCCGGACAAAAACAAUGACAACACGGUGCCGGUUCCUUCAUUCUUACUGGGGUUGAGCUGCAGGAAUGGAUGGUUUAAAGGAUUUUUGGUCUCCAUCACACAGAAGGCAAGAAAGGUCAAAGGAAAGCUGAUGCUUUCCUGUCAUCGGUUUUCCUUUUCUGUCUUUUAACCGACAUCUUGUCAGUGCCAAGACUGUUGUGUGUUUUUGUUUAUAAUCUCAGAUUCAAACAGGGGCACUUGCCUUUGGUUUUGGUCAUUAGUGUUGUUUUGUUGUUUCUUUUUAGUAUUACACACUUACGACCAAACUCAGGCCUGUCCGUCGCCUUGCAAUGUCCAGGUAGACAGCGAGGAAAGACGACGUUGUCCUGUGGACAUCCGUCACUUUCCGUUUUUGUUUGUUUGUUUUUUGUUUUUUUAUUCAUGUGCCAUUUGCCACUUUUACGUAUGCUUGCUUGCUUGUGUUUACGGGCAAUGUUUGAAAACCAGAUGGUUGUUGUGCCCACUCAGUUCAAACAAUGGUACUGCUGAAUGUGACUUAGGAUCCCUAUAAGCUUGGACAAAAGAGUUAAAAAUCUCCAUGAUUGACUGAUAAAAGCUUUUAAUUUAUUAUUAAAAUCAAGCGCUGGUAAUCUUGCUAGGUAUAGAUGCACUUAAUACUAAAAUAGAAAUACCAAAAAUCCCCUUCGUCAAGCUCGCAUGUUUGCUUUCUCACCGUUCGUCCAUCAGAGAAUCAGUACUGUUGUUUCGACUAACGCGUCAAGCGUGUUCUGAUUUCUUUAUAUUUGAUGUGCUAGUUGUCUCGUCCCUGGAGGUGAAGUAGUUUGGCCAUCCCGGCCCAAAAAAAACGGCCGGUGUCACACAGAUGCUGAACAGUGAACUGAUAUUGUGACUUGGCUCGUUUAAUUGUAUUAAUACUGUAUUUGCUUGAAUGCAAAAAGUUGUAAAUUCAAAAGUACCAUGUUAAACAUGUACCUUUUACUCCAGAGGAAUGCCAUUCAACCAAACUUGAUUUCUUGUUUCUUAAAAAAAAAAAAAAAAAAAAAAAAUUAUAGCCCAUGCUUGCUGGGAAAGAUGUUCUUUUAUGGGUUUUAUGAGUUAUUUUAGUGCUUACGAAGAAGUCCGUUCGAUAAAGACUUAAAAAGUUAUUUGGUGGCUUGUCUUUUUGCAGAUCUUUUCAUUUUAACAUUUUAUUUCCAAAACAUAACUUAAAAGUGUCCUUUUUUAUGUGACCUGUACUAUAUGAUUCAUUUAUUGUAUAUAUGAUUUACCUUGUUUCAUGUAGUGUUAUAUAUAAAUAUAUAUCUAGAUUAAUUUUGUACAAAUUGUCCUUCUGUACAGAAUAAAACCUCCAUAGCAAGUGAAAACUUCAACCUGGUACAUACAUUGUUUUAUUCCCCCUUCCGUUGGCUCAGCAACGCAAUGAUUUAGAAAAGUGCGCAUAUUUCUACUGUUAAAUCCAUGUUCAUGUGCUCCAAUCACUGUCUCUAGUGGUGUAAAACGGUAUAGAAUGAAUAAAGAGCUUAUUUGAGUGUA